AUGUCUAGUCAAGCCACGUGGGUGACCGGGAUCGAAGGCAACUUUCUUCUGCAUGACGCAGUAUUGAAAUUACUGCCAGAGGGGACAGAGGUUAUCUCUGCGUUCUCUUCUGGCGUUUCUGCCUGGUCAAAGACAGCCAAGGUUUCUGUCGUGCUACCCAACGGUAGUUUGAAGAGAUACUUCCUCAAGUGUGUGUCGGGGGAAAGCGCAAAAGCCUUGGUUGAAGGGGAGUACCAGUCCGCCUACGACAUCAAUCAAGUGAUGUCCGACCUCGUGCCAAAGCCGAUUGGCUGGGGCAAAUAUCGUAGCGGAGAUACACAGGUGUAUUUCUUUCUGGGAGAUUUCCAUGAUAUGGACUUUUCUUCUGCUCCUGAGCCAGCACAAUUCACGGCCAGGAUUGCGGAACUUCAUCGAAAAGGUGUCUCGCCUAACGGCAUGUUUGGAUAUCCGGUGCCCACCGUCAUCGGCAUUAUGAAGAGAACAGUGACGUGGGAGACGAGCUGGGCCAAGUCUUUCACUCAUCAGCUGAACGAUGCCAUCGGAUAUGAUAACCAGACGAACGCUCCAUGGCCCGAGUAUGAUGCUGCGUGUAAACAAUUGAUCGAUGCAGUCAUCCCUCGAUUGCUAGGGACUUUGCAGUCCGACCGCCGCCAUAUUAUCCCGGUGUUGAUUCACGGUGAUCUUUGGGAGCGAAACGUCGGCACUGAUAGAGAGACUGGGAAAACAAUCGUCUUCGACCCCGGGUGUACUUAUGCGCACAACGAAAUGGAGUUUGGGACUUGGCGUUGUUCUUGGGCAUUCCACUUCAACUCACUAGAUUACAUGAAGUCCUACCAGCAUCAUAUCAAGCCUUCCGAGCCGGCGGACGAGUUCGACGAUCGCAAUCGCCUCUAUAGCAUAUAUCCGUACCUCAUCGAGUCUGCUGGCCAUGCAGGAAGUGCCUCUAGACAACUUGCUUAUAACGACCUGCUGUUUCUCUGCGAAAAAUACGCUCCAUUAGCCAGUCUCGACAAGUAUAACCCGAAGAUGGACAUUAGCGUCACAGGCGCGCAUGUGCCAUUUGUUGUGAAACAACUGGAGUGA